AGAUCCAGAUUUUCCAAAAUGGACCUACUCGCUGAGCUACACCGCGAUAUUACUAAUUUUCUAUCUACCUCAGGAUACACGUCGGGUUACACACUAAAAUUCCUCGACCGACGGCUCUGCCAGACGGGUGAUGUGAUGAUCAGACACGGAAUCGAGUCGGAACUGCAGCUGGACGUGGAGCGCCUGGUGCGAGAAAGCCGGGAGUGGAAGCUUCCGAUCGAGCGUGCCAUGCUUGAUGGUAACACGGGGCGCCUUUGGAUUCAGCGUGCCACUGCCUACCGGUGGGGUCUUGAGAGCUAUCGACAAAGGCCGCUACAUGGUGUAGGCUGCGAGCGAAUCUUCUUCGUGGACGAACCGCCAACAGGUGACCAGGAACGAGACACCAAUGGACCACCGAACGCGCUCACUUUGGCCACUUUUCGUGCAAAUGCACUGAGGAAGGUUUUGCGCAACUGUUUCACCUACGCCGGUUAUCAGUUGGUCAGCGAACAGGAGGUGAAAGUUAAUGGUGAUCAAGGACCGAGGGACCUCAUCGAGAUCGCAGUAGUGCACAGAAAGACUAGAGGCGGGACCGAACAGCAAAGCGGCGCAAAACGAAUCGAGAUACUGUGCGGACCGGUUUUGCAUGGCGCAGACCUAAGCACGGCGGACGAUUACAUAGCACGCCGCUCGAACGAUAUGCAACUCAUCGCACAGCACAAGUACCGGGUGGAUCUUCGGCACAUGCCCUACAGUCACUCAUCCAUCGCCAGCCUUGGCCGUUCGGCGGCCAUCGUGGAUGUCCUGCAGGCAAAACAUUCCAGCGCGAUCGAUAUGCGGCGCGGACUGGCCAGUAGUACGAUCUCCUCCAGCAAGGGCGCUUCCUUUAUCCUGUACAAUUACGCCCGGCUGGCGGCACUGUUUGAAAAGUACGAGACCAUGCGGCAGACACAAGGCUAUCCGGAGUUGCCGUCAACCGUGGAAGGACUCGAUUUUACUUUGCUCACCGAACCGGACGAGUGGCAGCUGCUGUUCGUGUACGUGAUCGGUUUUCCGGCCGCCCUACGCCAGACGCUCGGUGAUGGGAUGCUGGAACGGAUGGUCCCUCAUCGGCUGGUGGAGUUUACGUUUGGAUUGGUGUCCUGCCUCAGCAAGUACUACCGCCAGACGCGCAUCUUGACGGAGAACCGCCCGAAGCUUGUGCCGGCCAUGCUGGUCCGGUUGUGUCUGCUGCGAAGCGUAUAUCACACGCUGGACGUUCUGUUGAAUCUUCUCGGUCUGGAAGCGGUUACGAAGAUGUAGGAAAAGAUAGAAAGGACACACGCAGGAAAUGCUUUAUUCCUACAUUACCCCUAACGUGUGGAAUUGUUAUGUUGAAUUCUUCGAGAACGAAGAUGUAAGCGCGACGGAUGCUUCCUUUUAUUAUCCUUAAACAUGUAAAUAUAAAU